CAUAAAUUUAAAGAUGGCUGCGCCCACGAACCAAUUUGAAGCAUGAGGUUAAACAAGUUGACGGCAUUUCGCUGAGUGAAGAAAGGACCUACAUAGAGCUUCAAUCAAAGGUAGAUUUUUUUUUAUUCACACUCCUUCCAUAUUCUUGUGCGAGGAGUCAUGUCUACAGCAGAGAGUACUGUGCCCGAGACUGUCCAGUCCAGACUAUCGGUUCAUGACUUCACUGCCAGCAUCUGCGAACAGUCGGUUCAUUUUCAUGUUCUCCGACUGCAGGAUAGCUUUAUGAUCUGGAUAGGGAGACAGCCUGCCAGUUUGUCUAACCUAGCCGUUGCAAUGGCAACAAAUUUAGACAGUAUCCCAAGUGCAUCCAUGUUACUGGGCGACAUGUCAGAUCCUGUCUCCACAUCAUUAGCUCAGAAAUUGGCUAAAAUGACCGGGAAACAGGUGUUUGUGAGCUGUGACCUUCCCCAGGACCGAAUGCUUCAGCCGUUAGUGGAAGAGAGAAUCACCAGCGAACUCAAGGCCUUCCCUGAGAAGUUCUACUUCUGACAUUGCUUUGCUUAGAUCUGCGUUGCGUUUCACUGUAAGAAACAUUGCUGGUUCCCUGGAUAAAAAAAGGUGCACAUGUUUAAGGAGGAUAGAUGCUGAAGUAUCACCUCCACCUCCACUCUCUGUUUUUCGUGUCCAGGGCUCGAAAUUAACACUGAACUCAAGGCCUAAGGCCAGUGAUUGUAGGGUCGAGUCAGUAAACAAAGCCUUUUAAGGUCGGUGGUCUUGUUUGGGUUUUUUAAGAAACAGAAAGCCACAGUUUGUAACAAUGUUACACAAAUAUUCAAACAUUGUCUUGAAUUUGUUGGAAACAAAAAAACCAAUCAUUGGAGGUGUUUUAUUUAAUUGAACCUUUGCAGAGAAAGUUGAAUUUGGUUUAAACAUUUGUUAACACGAUUGAGCGAUUUACUAACAUUCAGCGGCCAUUCCAACCAGCUCGGUUUGUUUAUAAACAAUGGAAAUAUCUAAAGUUAGUCACCUACUACGCCUCCAUCUGCUAAACAUGUCCAGGGCUGAAAUUAACACCGGACUUCAGGCCCAAGGCCAGUGACUGUAUGAUAAUAAUAAAAAAUAAUAAUAAUAAUAGUAUCGAAGUCUUAUAUAGCGCACGUAUCUACCAAACAAGGUAC